AUGGGGUUUUCGGAUUGGAUCCAGAUUGAGGCGGUUGGGUUUAGUGGUGGAAUAUGGUUUUUUUGGAACAAUUCUUUGCAUAUUACGGUGAUCCAUACUCACCCUCAAUUUUUGUUUCUUCAGGUUCAGGGAGCAAACCAAGAGUUGUGGUUCUAUGCGGUGGUCUAUGGAAGCCUGACUCACCAUCUCCACUGUCGACUUUGGGCUGAGCUUUCCAUGGCCAAACGAGGGAUAACUGGAGCGUGGAUGGUGGCUGGGGACUUUAACUGCAUCACUAGUCAAGAAGAAACUAACAAUUACAGAGCUUUCUCUUCUCAGCACAGUUCAUACUUUGUCGAUUGGAUCCAGACAGAGGGCCUCGUUGAUCUGGGUUUUAACGGUCCUAAGUAUACUUGGAUAAGAGCUGGUUCAGCCGGGCAGACUAAGGGUGCUCGUUUAGAUAGAGAAUUGUGUAAUAUCGGUUGGAGACAGCGCUUCCCCGACGCCAGUAUCACUCACCUUCCGCGAGUAUUGUCUGAUCAUGUUCCUCUCCUCAUUCAUUUAGCGAAUGGCAAUUCUCACCGCAGUCAUUCGGGGUUUAAGUUCCAAGCGACUUGGUUAACUUCCACUAAAUUGUCUGACUUAGUUCGCCAUACAUGGCGGUCCGAUCAAGGCAUUCAGGAGAAUAUUCCUCGGCUGACUGAAGAGCUGCAUAGUUGA